UGUCUACAAGGUGUUAUAGGAAAAUAGUUCGCGCAUCAGACACUGAGGGAAAUCUGUAUUGGAAUGAACGUAUGUGCACUGCUUGAAGAGUAGCUGAUAGUAAAAUUCGGAUAUUCACUCGAGCUUGCUUCAAAAUAAAAGAUCUGUUAUCACUGUAUUGUCAAUUUUCUUCGAUUAUCAACAAAUGAGACAAAGUGAAUCGGCUUCAAGUGUUUAUGUAGUCGAUUUUCAUACUGAUAACUGGAUAAGUGAAGGGGUUUCGUCUUGAUGCCGAACCUAAAUCUUAGGGUAUUUAAAAUAAGGAGAAUGUCCGGCCUGAUUGUAUCUAAAUAUGGCAUAGUUAUCAAAAGAAAAUACUCGAACUUUGGCGAAAAUAUUAAUCCAUUUUUUAAAUGCAUUUACAACAGAUUAUAAGACAUUAAGAAAUGGUUUUUGGGAUAAUUAUGAUGGGAUUACAACGAAUGGUUGGAUUUAAAAUAAAAUGUUUUCUUUGGAUGUGCUUGUUAUGUGGCUGUUUAGGGACACAAGCAUUUCAGACCUUUAACUGCCCACAUGCAUGUAUAUGCAGUGUGGCCGAUUUACGAGUGGAUUGUACAAAGAAGAAUUUGACGGCACUUCCUGAUGACUUGGACAUACGUACAGUGAUACUAGACCUAAGUUUAAAUGAAGUGUCCAGCCUGCCAGAACGUGCCUUUUCAAACCUCACACGCCUCGAAUAUCUGUUUAUGGUUAGCAACUCUAUUUCAAGUCUUUCAGCCAAUGUCUUUACAGGAUUACACAAACUUAUACAUCUGUCCCUCCAAGGUAACAAACUACAGACCGUCCCUGCAGAGGCUUUAAGUGACCUUCCGUCAUUACGGACCUUGCAUUUGGAUAAUAACCAAAUUACAAGUGUUCCAGACAACAGUUUUAAGACCCUAAGAUCACUCAGUAACUUGCGUCUGGACGUUAACCUUCUUAGGGCGAUACCGGUGACCGCCCUCAACCAAGCAAAGAAUUUAGAAGCUAUAAACUUCGAGUACAACCAGAUAGAAGAAGUGCCGGAUAAUGCAUUUGUGAAUUUAACGAACCUUGCUGUAGCGAUGCUUUCAAACAACGCACUGUCAAACAUCGGCGACCAUGCUUUUUAUGGGCUUCAAGUUUUGAAACUUCUGGACCUGAGUAAUAAUCGACUUACAGAAAUACCUGCUGCAAUCAACGACUUACCAGAUCUGUUUGAUCUGUCAGUUAGGGAAAACAAAAUAGAGUACUUAGCAGACGACUGCUUUUCCAGUAACAAAAAACUGUCCCUGUUGAACCUUAAGGACAACCCUAUAGCUUCCUGUGGAAUGAACACUUUCAGUGGUCUGCCGAAACUUGUAGAACUUGUUCUUUCAGAGGCUCAUGAGUUAACAUCGUUUCCAAAUCUUGCCGGGUCGAAUGGUCUUGAAAAAAUUACAAUUGACAGGGCCUCAAUAACAAGUCUUCCGGAUAAACUAUGCCAGAACCUACACGCACUGACUGUCCUAGAUGUUCAUACUAACCACAUAUCUUCAAUACCAAACAUGUCUGACUGUUCGGCUCUGACAUCCCUUAAUCUUGGAAAUAACGGUAUAUCGGAAAUAGUCGGAUCCCCACUGGAGGGCCUCAGGAGUCUGAAGGACCUCAUUUUAUCAUACAAUAAGAUCAAAUAUAUCUCAGACAAAGCUUUUGUGGGACUUCACAAAUUGCAAUAUCUAGAUUUAUCCAACAAUUUGAUAAGUUAUAUACACCCUAAUGCAUUUGCUGAUCUGAAGAGCUUAGAAGAUUUAAAUGUUGGUGAAAACCAGUUUGACAGUUUACCUACAAAAGGUUUACAACGGUUGCGGCAUUUAAAGACGUUCCACAAUACAAGACUGCAAGAACCUCUACCGUACGAUGCUUUCCCCCAUAUUCUCACUCUCAAAGUUGCGUAUGCUUACCACUGUUGUGCCUUCAUCAAUCAAUACAAAGGUGAUAAAAAUGUAAAAGAAGCCUUGACCUUUGAUGAGAAAGUCACGUGGUUAACAAAUCCUAAUGCUACGUUAUUCUACCCGGAUAGAACCAACAUAAGUUACGACUGGGACUCGGGUUACUAUUACGACGACUUCGAUCCCCCAUUGUACGACAUGGAACUCAACCAGAGCAUCCUAAACACGACACAGUUCCCACACUAUAACCAAAUAGAAACUAUCUAUACGUAUGAAAAUAUGGUUCGAAUAAAGCCUCCAGUGCGAUGUGAACCGCUGCCAGAUCCAUUCCAGCCAUGUGAUGACCUGUUCGGCUGGUGGUCUCUUAGAUGCGGCGUUUGGAUCGUGUUUCUAUUAGCUGUUUUAGGGAACGGAACUGUACUCUUUGUUUCUCUCACAAGCAAGUCUAAAAUGGACGUGACUCGAUUUCUCAUCUGCAAUCUGGCCAUGUCUGACCUGUGUAUGGGAAUCUAUCUAGGAUUUCUUGCCGUCGUUGACGCUUCAACAUUGGGAAAAUUUGAAAAUCACGCCAUCUACUGGCAGACGGGACCCGGAUGUCUAGUUGCAGGAUUUCUAGGCGUUUUAUCCAGUGAACUUAGCGUGUUUACCUUAGUGGUUAUCACAGUUGAACGAUUUUACGCCAUUUCUCACGCUAUGCAGAUAGGAAAACGUGUGAGACUAGGGCAUGCUGGAAUCGUGAUGGCUUGUGGGUGGGUGUUGUGCCUUGUUAUAGCUAGUUUACCGUUGUUCAAAGUGAGUGACUAUAGAAAAUUUGCAAUUUGUCUGCCUUUCGACACGGAAGAUGAGAUUUCGUUAGCGUAUGUCUGCUUCAUCAUGAUAUUCAACGCCAUUUCUUUCAUCGUCAUAGUGAUAUGUUAUGGUGGGAUGUUUAUUUCUAUCCGGGCAUCUCACACUUGGAACUCCAAGGAUUCUAUCGUAGCUAAACGAAUGGCACUUCUUGUUUUCACAGACUUCUUCUGCUGGGCUCCCAUCAUCUUUUUUUCAUUGACAGCAGCUUUCAAUUGGCACUUGGCCAGAAUAAGUAUAGACGAAGCAAAGGUUCUUACAAUAUUUGUACUUCCCUUAAACAGUUGUGCAAAUCCCUUUUUGUAUGCUUUCUUUACAAGACAGUUUAAACGUGACUGUGUUAAAUUGUGCAAACGAAUUGAAGAGUCUAGUAUUUCCCGCCAUUUUUCAAGCAGUGGUCUGGGCAGAAUGUCAGCUGUGUCACAUCGACAUCAUCCAAAUAAUAGUUGCAGCGGGAAAAGAAGCUGCGAGAAUUCACUUAAUGAACCGAGUACGUCUGGAGAAGCUUCAUCGUCAAACAAUCCUUCAGACGACUCUGAUCUGACAGUCCGGAAGUUACCGCUCACGAGAGAGGACAAACAGAUUCUGCACUACAUGCGUUCUGGUGUUCGUCUCCCGCCAUCAAGAUUAGCCUCCCCAACAGAACUUUCCUCACCAGAAAGCGAAAGGCGACCAAUGCUCAAAACCAGACGAGAUGUCGACUUGGAAUCUAGAGCGGCAACGUUAUCUCCCCGCCAGACUUUAACUGACGAAGAGAUAGAUAGUUCUCACGAUAUAGUUUUACACACGAAGGAGGGAAAUGUGUAUCUUAGCGCAAAACCAAAGACAUUUAAAAGUGUAAGAACCAAAGAGGGUAAAAUUAGAUUUCAUAGAACCGAUAAAUGUGCGCAAAGACUGUGUAAUCAUUCCGUAAAAUCAACAAAAAGAGUACAAUCGAUUCCUUUUGGGAGCCGGUCUGUUCAUUCCCAAACUGCUGACUCUAACGGCGAUGAUGGAAAUAUAAAAUCAGUAAACGAUAUGGAAUCAGAAACAAUAAACAAAGGCGUUGAUGACAACGCUAGAAAGAAAUUUGAGACUGAUAGAAGUAAAGAGCUUGGUUUAAAAAUUGACAACUUCAAAUCCAAACCAGUUCAAGUUAACAGUAUUUUUGAACCUGAGGUUACACAGCGAAAGACAAUCUCUACACAGACUGAAAUGCUUGUUCCGUUACGACACACGCGAAAGCCCGAUCUUACGGCGGACAUAACUAAACGAGAAAAAGACAAACACAUUAAUGAGUGGCGGAAAACUUCGCACUUGUCGUUUCUCUGGAGAAAUUCUGGAAACUUUGACGUGCUGAAUCAGAAACAGAAGUCAAACAGCUUAGUAGAACUAACAAGACCAUUGGCAAAUCUACAAAACGUAGCGACCAAGAGACACAGCUUAACUUCCAAACAUGAAGGCUAUAUUCUGUUGAAAAAUUCCAGUAGGGAUUCUGCUUAUGAAGAGGAUGAACUUUAUGAAUUCUAUGACGGAAAUAUUAAAUGUCUUGAUGUGGAAAAACAAAACUACAAAUCUUCAGAAAAGAAAACGAAAUGUGAUAAGAAUAAAAGUGAAAUAACAAAAGAGUAUAAUGGUUGCUCUCAGAAAAUGGACUUCUCUAUGGAUAGUGAAGAGAUGUGCGAGACUUCCAUGUUGCUGACUGACAGACUACCAGACAAUCUCUGCAUUCCUAAAGGCAGGCAAAGUUGUGACAUAGAAAGUGGAAUAAGCUCAAGUUCUUAAAUGAUUUAUAAUUUGAGCCGCGCCAUGAGAAAACCAACAUAGUGGAUUUGCGACCAGCAUGGAUCCAGACCAGCCUGCGCAUCCGCGCAGUCUGGUCAGGAUUCAUGCUGUUCGCUUUCAAAACCUAUUGAAACUAGAGAACAAUUAGCGAACUGCAUGGAUCCUAACCAGACUGCGCCGAUGCGCAGGCUGGUCUGGAUCCAUGCUGGUCGCAAAAGCACUAUGUUGGUUUUCUCAAGGCACGGCUCAUUUAUAUAUCUACUUACAGUAUUGAUAGCCUACUGAGUUUAAUGUACAUAAUGUUUUGUUAUUAAGAAUAAAAGAAUGAUAUCUGUAAUAUUCAAUGGAUUUAAUCCAAACUUUUUUCUUGUGUUAUAAAGCAAUUCAUCUGCGCCGUAUAAUUUGUCAGGAACAUAAGCAUUUCUGAAAAAAAUAUGUUGGUUUAUCUUCCUUACAGAUUUAUUCGGCUAUAUUUUUGGAAAUGUAAUUUUUCACCAGAUGGAAUGCUAUUAAUUAUAAUAGAUUAAACCUCAACAUUUUUAUCGAGAGGCAUUUCAGUUUAUGCUUUUCGUUGAAAUAUUAGCUUUAACUGAUAAUUUUAAUGUAUUAAAGCAGUUAAAACAUAAUUCUUGUUUUUGACUGGAAAGGGACUGGACCUGAAUGCGAAAUACCAUGAAUUAUAAAUAAUCUGAGAUUCUUUCCAAAAUGUGUUUCAGUAAAGAUAUAUUUGUAAAUAAAUUCUUACAGCAACAAAACAAUGUAUGCUCAAUCGUAUUAAGCUGUAAACGAAAUCUAAAAAUCUCAUAGAACUAUAUAACAUUUUUCAACAUAAUAUAUACUGAGCAAAACUUCCAAUUAGACCCCUUCAUGCCUGUCAAAGAUCCUAGCCACCUGGAAUAAAGAAGAAAACGUACUGAAUGUCACUUUUGAAUAUUUGUAUUCUUGUGUAAUGAUCAUGAUGAUAUUAGAGAACUUUAUUUCAAAGAAUAAUGACAAUUGUAACCUAAAUCACAAUGCUUACCUGACGUCGUGACAUUCCUGAUUCUAACAUUCUUAUAGCACACGCCCUUUCAUUGAGUCGCAUCCGAAGCAUAUUCAGUUUAAUUCAGACGUUUUCUAUUUUUUGCUUACACAAAACGCCAGGCUUCUAGAGACACACAACAAAAAUUAAAUUAAACCAAGUUUUAAGAAUACAUACGGCAAAAUCACGAUUUAUAAGUGCACGGGAUUUUCGCAAAAGUAAAAAUUAUUUUACAGAUAUUUGUGUAGGCAUUUAUGUCAAUAAAACGAUGUUUAACAUUCAUUAGCUUACCUUUUAAAAUAUAAAAAGAUAUCUACAUUCUUCAAGUGUCUAGUUGGAAGUUUUGCUCAGUAUAUAAAAAUAUAUAUGUUAUAUAUUUUGACUUUAUGAAAUUAUGACGUCAUGACACAACGCAAGUGACGUUGCUUAUGGGUAUAAUUUGGUUUAAACCAUUAAAAAUACUUGAUAAAAAUGAAAAUUGUUUUACUUGUUUACAUGUUGGCCUUACAUGGAAAUAUCUUUUGCUGCGCCACUUCUGAAAAUUUCGCAAUAGGUGUUCACUUGGUGAAAUAUAUUUCGAACUUACAUUGAAAUAAACAAAUAUCCUCUAGUUUAAAACAGUAGCUUUUAGUCAAAUUUUAAAGGUCUAAAGCCUACUGUUUCCCAGUUUUAGCAAUUUUACCUAAACUCUUAACUAUUUUUUUUUUUCGAAAUGAACAAAGUUAUUUAUCACUAAACGUUUAUACAUUCUAAAAGGUUGCAAUGUUCUAAGUCCAGGAAUUGAUUUAUAACAAAAGUUGUCCUUACAUUCUUAAAAAUAUCUUUUUAGGUUAAGUUAGCACUUUCCACUCAAAAACACGAAGCUAUAUCAUAUUUGACUUAAGUUAUUAAUACUUUAAAUUCUUUUCAAAUAUUUGUUUUAGUAUUGAGGUCAGUUCUAUUAGCAAUUAAUAGAAAGUUAAGCCUAUACUUUUAAAACAAGGACUUGCAUAUUUUGGUAGUUUUGAAUAUGUUAUAUGAAAUAAAUUAAAAGCGGACGCCGU